CAAUUCACUGCCAUGUCCCGCCAACUCGUGGCCACCUUCUGCCACGAGGUCAAUUCCGCCAUCGGGAACCGCGAUGCGCUCAAGAUCCGCUCGAUCCUCGUCCUCGAACCGCCGUUCGCGAACCCCGUCUACUACGAGCUCAUCGAGGAGCUGCGCGUCGAGUACCCGGUCGACGACGAUGGCUCUGAAGACCGCCUGGAAGCGGUGAUAAGUGCUGCAGUCACCGAGACACGCGGAGGCGACGAUGAAGAAGGCCGCCCGAUCCAGGACUGGAAAAGCAUGGUCCGCUUCCUGGCCGCGUGGCUCACUUUCAUCCGCGACGUCGACACGUCCCAGCUGCUCAAGGCAUAUCAGGCCAUGAGCGAUGUCCAGACCAAGGGAAACUUGGCCUUGGCACACCCCAUCAAAGGCAUCCUCGUCCUCCCGACUCUCAUCGGCUACGCCCAGAUAUUCGCGCGCUUGGCCAUCGCCCUCGAUAAACAGCCCGAGCUCGCCCAGGUUGCCCUCGCACACUCCAAGAGCGACAAAAAUGACAAAGACAAAGCCGAAUCGCUUGCCGAAAAAGCAGCCAAUAUCGUUCGACCAGGCUUCCUCACCUGCCUGAACGACAGGAACACGGUCGCGGGUGGGAUAAAGGACGGCAGGCCCGACGGCAAGAAGAUUGGCGUAUACAAGAUGGCCAACGUGUGUCUCAAGAUCUUGUUCCAGUCAAACAAGCUCGACAACUGUUCCAUGAUUUUCAAGAACAUCGAGACGGCGUCCCCACCCUUGCACUUCUACCCAGCUGGAGACAGGGUCACAUACCUCUACUACCUCGGCCGCUAUCACUUCAUCUCGAACAACUUCUACCAGGCGCAGAUGGUCCUGCAACAGGCAUACACCGACACGCCAAUACAUGAGAGCUUCCUGAAGCAACGACGACUGAUUCUCCUCUAUCUGCUCGUUGCGAAUCUGAUCCUUGGCCGCUUUCCGUCCGAACGGGUAUACGCACGGCCAGAAGCCGUAUAUUUCCGCGACAUCUUCCAGCCGAUAACUCAAGCAAUUCGCAAGGGCAACCUCGAGGCGUUUCAACGAAUGAUGAAUCUCGACCUAUCUUGGGAGUACGCGGCCAAGCUAUGUCGCUGGAAGGUAUUCUACCAGAUCGGCAACUGUUGCGAGAUCAUGGUAUACCGGAGUUUGUACCGCAGAGUCUUCCUCCUCGCGGGUAAGCAGCCAGGCCCAAUGGACCGCGCACCGCCAAGUCUAGAUCUCAAUGCCGUUGUCAUUGCAGCAACGUUUCUCGAAAAGCGGGCCAGCGCGGCGCCGACUAAGCCACAGGCCAAUGGGUGGUCGUUCAGUCUGCAAGCACCCCCCACGCCACCAGUGUACAUCGAUCCCGACUUCGAGGGCAUGGAGGGCGUCGUACCUUACGUCCAUCAGUUCGAUAUUGAAGAGAUAGAAGGCCUGUGCGCGUCGUUGAUCCUGGAAGGCCUGAUUUCUGGGUACAUCAGCCCGAAGUUGAAGAAGCUGGCUAUUCUGGGUGCGAAGAAAGCGGGGAGUCCUGUUAAGGCAGGCUUCCCGAAUCUGUGGCAGGUGUUGUCGACGAAGAAGAGAGAACAGGCUGGUACAGACGAUGUAGAGGGGUGGGUGAAGACGCAGCAGAUGGGUGGGGGAAAGGUUGUCAGGCUUGCAAGUGCCCGACCGGCGGGGUCUUGAGGGCAUGAGGUGCACGCGACCAUCCUUUGCGAUGGGAACCACUAUCAAACCACAAGCGAAAUGGCGGAGUGGACAUUUGAGCGAACCUGGAUUCGAUACUGUGUUUGGGAUUGUAUCUUCCCGAAUCUCCAAUCAGCUGGCUACACCAGUGCAUGGUAUACCACUUGCAGCCCAUGCAACGUCUCCGCACGCAACUCACCUUCACGAGCACUCCCGGCUGAAGCCGCGCCUCACAUCACGGCGAACACGUGCAUAACUCUCGGCGAGGCCACUAGCUUCACUUGAGCGUUCUGCCGCAUGUAUGAUGACAGAACUCGGUCUACAAGCCUACCUGAAGAAGUUCAUACCUGUCAUAUAGAAAACUUCUAGAUCAAAACACUCCAACCUCAAAUCCAUACCUGCCUCUUCUCUUCGCCCGUGCACCUCUGUCAGCAUGCAAGCAUACCCAAAUCUACGCAAAUACACGUGUAGUCCCUCACACCCGGACAACCACC